UGGAGGGGUGGAAGAACCAGAGACAACAGAGCCACAUCCAUUUUGGACCAUACACUCAUCCAUGUCUGUAUAUAUCUGUGCAAAAUCAACCCCAAUAAAACAUAGAAGAUAACUGGGAUAGCAGACAAUGGCAUCAGCAUCUCCAUCACCUUUCUCCUUCUCUUCCCAUCCUCCACUCUCCCCUAAAUCUGCUACACCCAAGUUCCCAUCUAACCCCUUCUCAGUCUCCUUCCCCUCAAUCACCAGUACCAGCAGCAGCAGAAGACCCAUUUCCCCACUUCAAGUCUCCUCAUCCCCAACCAACAAGCCCACCACCAGGACCGUCGACAAGACACCGUCACCACCACCACCGUCCGGCGGCAAAGAGACGGUUUUCUUCGACGGUGGUGCUCACUAUGGCGAUCUGCUGGCCAAUAUCCUGUUGGGCUUCACCUUGCUGUGGAUGCCCCUGACGAUUGCUGCCGUGUUCAGGGCUUUCUUCUUGAGAUACAGGUUCACUAAUCUGAGGGUGACGGUCAUCUCAGGGCUCACCGGUGGUGACCGGAGCGACUUCCCUUAUAAGGCCAUAAGGGACGUGCAGGUGGUGCCCCGUUUCAUUGGGGAGUGGGGGGACGUCGUCAUCACCCUCAAGGACGGCACCAAGGUGGACCUAAGGAGCGUGCCCAAGUUCAGAGAGAUUGCUGACUACUGCCUGUACAUGGCUGAUAUUGCUAAGAAGGAGAAUGAUUCUGGUGAAGGUGUUGAUGGGCCUAAAGGGUUCUAGAAUGCCUUUUUGCUUUUUUCUUUUGGUUUCUUAAUCAUUUCUCUUAAUUACUUUACUGUUUGGGGAUGUCUUCGCAAGGAAAUUGCCGGACUGAUUACAGAAAAGAUGUGAAUACGAACGGGUUGCUUAUUUUUUUA